CAAAAAUUCGUCAAUUUGAAUCAAUUUGAGUCAACUUGAAUCAUCGGCGCAGAUCCUGUAAGAUCAUACAGGCAUUACGACCAACGAACAACAACGGGGUAACGGCACUACACAUCCUGGCGACUCUACCUUUUAGAUUUAAGGCUGGAGGCGACGUUAAAAUGCCUUCAGCAGUAGCAAGUCAUUCUCACCGGCCGACUACGAAAGUCUUGCCCAAGUCUUUCAAGUCUAAGAAAGCCACCAAAGGCGCUUUGCGAGACCAAGCCAAAGGCAAAGUACCCAACGAAACAGGCCAACGAAAAACUCCUCAUCAACAAGUCAUGUCUAAAUUCGACCGUCGCAAUCAGGCAAAGCAGCGCCAGCUAGCCAAACACAAGGAACACCAAAAGGAGACUUCAAUUUUCUCUGGCCGAGAUUCUGCGCCAAGAAUAGUUGCAGUUGUUCCAUUGUGCGCCGACGUCAAUGUCACUACCGCUAUCCAGAGUCUAAACAAAAGUCUCGAUAUCGAAUCCGAGGUCACCGAAACCAGCUUCCGAGUACCCGUCGAUCGAUUCAAGCAAAAGCUGCAAUAUGUACCGGUCAAGAGGGACCUCACAGCAUCUAUGGAUGCGGCAAGAGUGGCAGAUUACGUCGUAUUCGUGCUCUCUUCUGAGGUCGAGGUUGACGCUUUAGGCGAGCUUAUCAUCCGAAGUGUUGAGAAUCAGGGCAUGUCAACACUAUUCACAGCUGUACAAAAUUUGGAUGCAAUUCAACCCGCAAAGGCCCGCUCUGAUGUUGUCAAGUCGCUCGCCUCAUUUAUGACACAUUUCCACCCAGGGCAAGAAAAGAUUUAUAACCUCGACUCAAGACAAGAAUGCUCUAAUCUUAUGAGGUCACUUUGCACGACAACACCAAAGGGUAUCCAUUGGAGGGACCAACGGUCAUGGAUGCUCGUUGACGGAAUCCAGUGGCCAUCCACUGAAAAUGAAUCAACAGUGUUAACUGGUGUCGUUCGGGGAAAGGGGCUGAAGGCUGAUCGCCUGGUUCAGGUUGGAGACUGGGGAACCUUUCAAAUCGAGAAGAUCACGGCCGCACCACUCCUGGUUAAGAACAGGAAAGGCGACGGGAUGAUCAUAGAGGAGUCAGAAACCGAUAAUAUCCUAGAAAUCCCCGACGAGGAUCAAGAUGAUCUUGCCGACUUAGCACCAGAAGAAGUUAUGAUGGAUGAUGCUGAAAUGGAAGGAAAUGUGGAAGAGCCUAUAAAACAAAAGGGUGUUUUGUUAGACGAUCAUCACUACUUCUCGGAAGAAGAACGGGAAGAGUAUACUAUGCCGAAGAAAUUACCCAAGGGAACAUCGUCCUACCAAGCAGCUUGGUUCUUAGACGAUGUUUCAGAUUCCGAGUCAGAGCUAGAUGAUCAAGAAAUGGAGGACGCGCAAGACGAGAACCUACCUGCAGCACCGGAAGACGGUAUGGAGGGUAUUGCGCAUAGGGAGCCUACCGAGGCUGCCAUGUCGGAAUACCCUCAGUCAGAGAUGUUUGUUGAACCAAACGAGGACGAUGAUGCUGCACAGCUAGAAGCAUAUCGCUCUAGGAAACGCGACGAGGCAGAAGACGACAAGGAGUUCCCUGACGAGAUUGAAUUACACCCCAAUGUUCUUGCUAGGGAGCGUCUAGCGAAAUAUCGAGGCUUGAAGAGCCUGAGGACAAGCCCUUGGAAUACGGACGAGGACCGGCCAUUCCAACCAGAUGAGUGGUCGAGAUUAUUACAAAUCUCCGAUUAUCAAUCUUCUCGAAACCGCUCAUUGCGAGAAGCCCUCGUUGGUGGAGUCGCCCCUGGCACAAGGGUGCAUAUUCACCUUAAAGACGUCCCUAGAGAUUUAGAGAAGUCAUACACGCCUUCACAACCAAUCACACUCUUCUCUCUAUUACGACAUGAAAAUAAGAAGACAUCUUUGAACUUCGAUAUCACCCACAAGGAAGACUUUGAAAAGUCUAUCAAGGGCAAGGAGGAGCUCAUUGUUCAAUGUGGCCCUCGACGGUUCGUCAUCAACCCCUUAUUUUCGCUUCCCGGCAACACCGAGAACGAUGUCCAUAAAUACUGCCGAUACCUUCACCCCGGCCAGUCUGCCAUCGCAACGUUUAUGGGUCCCAUUACUUGGGGGUCUGUGCCGACGUUAUUCUUCAAACGGACAACCGGGGAAGAUGGAAACGGCCUUCCCCUCCAGUUAGUAGCAACAGGCACCGCUCGUGCACCUUCAACGUCUAGGGUCAUCGCAAAACGUGUCAUCUUGACUGGCCAUCCUUACCAUAUUCACAAGAAGGUCGUUACCAUCCGGUACAUGUUCUUCAAUCGGGAAGACGUAGAAUGGUUCAAGGCAUUGCCGUUAUGGACGAAGAGAGGUAGAGCUGGAUAUAUCAAAGAGACACUUGGUACUCACGGGUACUUCAAGGCAAACUUUGACGGAAGAAUCAACCCGCAAGAUGCGGUUGGCGUUAGUCUUUACAAGAGGGUGUGGCCGCGGAACGCCAUUCCCUUUACCGGGCCCCUCUUGGAAGCGGGAGCUUCGGUAUCGCAAGACGAGUCUAUGGGUGAGGAUAUACAGUAGACAUGCAAAUAUAGAUAGAGCAUAAGCAUGUCGGCUUCCGGUCACCUAUAAAAGACCAAGAGGAGCACGGCACAUGACUUUGGACGUCACAAUCGUUCGGACUAUUACGAGAU